AUGACCCGGAAAAGAAGCAUAGACGACUCGGGUGUCAUGUCAACCUCCAAACUUAGGGCCGCAAGAUUGGGAACUAAGUUGGAAAAUCGGAAAUGUCGCAGCACACAACCAUCGACACAAACCCUAAACAAAGGACACGAUGCUUCGAUUACCUCAACACCUCUGAAAUCAAAGGCCGCGAAAUUUAACACUCAUAUGUUGAGGAAAUUACAAGCCGCCGUCGAUAAUGACCCGGAGAUCAACUUGAUAACGCAAAUGCCCCUGGACUAUUCUAUCCGCCUGGUCGAAUUUCAAGGCGAGUGUCGAGAAGAAAGCAAGGAAAUAAUCGGUAUGACCGGAUGGGAGGCCAAUACCUAUGCAAGGCUGAUAGAUGUUCUUCGGCAGAGAAGUCCGAGACCACAAAAAGACGUGAAGGUGACAUCCGUGAUUGCCUUCGACCUUCGGACCCCGUUGACAUUGUAUGGCCUCGUAUCUUCAACCGUAUUGGGACUACUCGAAGAGACGUCGCAAAUUGCAGAACCUCUACCAGAUGGUCUGCCUCAACGGAUGCUUGACCUCGUGCGAACAAGCGAGGUUAUCUGGAAGUCCCCGGUCCCGGACCAAAUGAUGGUUUUCAAGUGUGACACCGAUGUCGUUGUGAAGGCGAUACGGCGUGUGGAUGACGACACUGAAUAUACGACACUGCAAUAUCUCGAAUGCCACAAACCUGACAUCCCUGCUCCAAGGCCUCUAGGGUAUGUGCGAAUGAGUGGCAUAACUCUCAUUUUUCAGACCUACAAGCCAUCGACGACUCUUGCGACAGUGUGGCCUCAAAUGGACAACGACCAGAAAGCUUCCAUCAGAGAUCAGCUGGGCGCGAUUAUGUCAAAUCUGAGGUCUAUACCUUACACUGAUGGUUCCGCACUUGGAGGUGUGGCCGGUGAAGGUUGCAAAGACAUCAGAAGACAUCUACGAAAGACCCUCAUCCUGGCGGUCAAGUCUUCACUGAGCUGCUUCGUCAACUUUUACCCGACUCAACCCACGGAGAUGAAGAUUGUUUUCACGCACGGUGACCUUCGACCGGACAACAUUACGGUAGACAUGGCCGACUGCAACCAAUGGAUUGUCACUGGGCUUCUUGAUUGGGAAUACAGUGGAUUCUACCCAGAAUACUGCGAAGCUUUCAAGUGCACUAACUGCUUAGCUCCAUACGAGGAGGAUGAUUGGUAUCUGUUUCUGCCCGAUUGCAUUUCGCCAAAACGAUAUGCUCAUUGGUGGCUCCUAGAUAGAGUUCGAGAGGCCAGGGUUGUUUGA